AUGACCACUUCGUCUCAAGUUUUUUACCGCAAGUGGCGGCCAGGAACCUUCUCGGACCUGGCGGGCCAGGAGCACGUGGGCAACACGCUCCGGCAAGCCGUUAUGCAGGGGCGGGUCAGCCACAGCUACCUGUUCUGCGGCACCCGGGGCAGCGGUAAAACGACCACCGCCAGGGUGCUGUCCAAAGCCGUCAACUGCCUGGAUCCGCGGGACGGCGACCCGUGCGAACAGUGCGCCAUCUGCGUGUCCAUCAACGAGGGCCGCAACCUGGACAUCAUCGAACUGGACGCGGCCAGCAAUCGCGGCGUGGAGGAGAUCCGGGAAAUACGCGACAAGGUCCACUUCCAGCCGGCACAGAACCGGCGCAAGGUCUACAUCAUCGACGAAGCCCACAUGCUGACCCGCGAGGCUUCCAACGCUUUCCUCAAGACCCUGGAAGAACCGCCGGCGCACGUCAUUUUCAUCCUCUGCACCACCGAGGCCGACCGCAUCCUGCCCACCAUCAUCUCCCGCUGCCAACGGUACGAUUUCCGGCGCCUGCCCGGCCAGACCAUCUAUGACCGCCUGGCCUACAUCACCGACCAGGAAGGCGUGGCGAUCCAACCCGACGCCCUCCGCAUGGUGGCGCGGAACGCCGGCGGGUCCAUGCGGGACGCGCUGAACAUGCUGGAACAAUUGGCGGUAUCGGCCGACCGGGAAAUAACGCUCCGCGAUGUCGAAGAGGCGCUGGGACUGGUUCGGAGCGACGCCUACCUGGUGCUGGCGCAGAAGAUGCUGGCCGGAGACACCUCCGGUUCGCUGGAGACCAUCAACGACGUGGUCUGGGAAGGCGGUGAACCGCGCCAGUUGCACCGGCAGACGCUGGAAAUCCUGCGCUCCAUACUGCUGCUGUCGUGGGACGCCGGCGACACCCUGGACCUCCCGCCGGACCUCCUGUCCAGCCUCCAAGCGGAGGCUCAGAAACACGACGCUUCAACAAUAUUGCGGGCGGUCCGAACCUGGGGCGAGGCCAACCUGCGGUAUGACGCCCCGUCCACGCUGCCGCUGGAAAUAGCGGCGGCGGAGAUCUGCCGGAAAGACGUCAUCGUCGCCGCCCCCGAGGUCAGGGCCCCCGAAGUCAGAGCCCCCGAGCGCGCCGCGCCGGCGCAAUCUCCGCCACGCGAAGCGCCCCGCCCGCCCCGGCGUGAAGCUCCACCAGCCAACGCGCCGGCUCGUGAAUCCCGGCCCGCCGCCGCACCGCCGGCGCGCCCUUCGCCGCCGGCCAAUGCCGAGGCUCCGGCAGCACGGUCAUCUUCGCCGGCGGCCGCCCCGGAUAGCUUCCAGGGGCGUUGGGAACAGGUGGUCAGGCGGCUGGGGCGCGACAAGGGCAGCAAAUACAACCUGGGCGCGCUCCUGAGGGACUGCCGGCCCAAUGGCGUCCACCUUUCGGACGACGCCGCAACCCUGGUGCUGCCCUUCACCAACGUCGCCAAUCUGGACCGAAUGCAGGAAGAACUCAACGAUCCCCGGGUUCGUGAUACCAUUGAGCAGGCCAUCGAACAGUUCUUCGGCGAGCGCCAUGCGUUUACCGUCACCUUGGCCGGAGCCAAUGGGGACGGUGACCGUCCCGGCGCGCAAUUCCGUGCAGGACAGCCCUCUAUACCGCACCGCCAUCGGCCUGGGAGCGCGUCCAAUCGAGGAAAACUAGCAGGAGGCUCCGUAUAUACCAUGAUGAACCGCAAGAUGAUGCGUCAGGCCCAGCAAUUGCAGAACCGGCUGGCCAAGGCCCAGCAGGAACUGGAAGAGAUGAGCGUGGAAGGUUCCGCCGGCGGCGGCGUCGUGCGCGUGACCAUGACCGGCAAGCAGGAAGUUACCUCGGUAAUCAUCGAGCCGGAGGCCGCGGAAGACAUCGACCUGCUGCAGGACCUCGUUGCCGCCGCGGUCAACGACGCUUCCAACCGGACCCAGGAACUGGCUGCGGAAAAGAUGGGCGCCGUUACCGGGGGCAUGAAUAUUCCCGGCCUGAUCUAG